AUGUCCGACGUACUAGCUCACAUACGGCGAAGUAACUCGGAGUGCAUAGAACUUUUACGGAUUUUGUUUACCAAGGACGAACUGUUCCUGCAUUCAGAGGUCUUGCUCUUCCUAAAGAGCCUCAAGGAGGAUCUGGCUAUCGUAUCUCAAGACGUUCGUCAAAUGACCGGAGGCAAGCCCAUGACCCCAGAAGUACCUCCAUACAUUCCAUUUGCAUUCGACCCAGAUCCCAAGUUCACGGGCCGGAUAGAUGUAGUUGAGGGGCUGGAUGCUGGCUUCAGCAAGUAUCGACGAAUGGCUCUCGAUGAUCCAGAAGUUAACGUUGGGAAACUUUUCGGCGACUGGCUCCGUGAUCCAAUAAACAGGCCCUGGUUAAUGGUGGUCGAUAACGUUGACGACGAGACGUUGUUUUCCAGCUCGAGUCGAAGGGAACAUACUCCGAACUCGAAUGCGAGCCUCGAGGUGCACCAACUUCAUAGGCAUCUCCCACAAGUAUCGCACGGUUCAAUACUUAUUACCUCAAGGAAUCGAGUCGCAGCAAGGGAUAUCACCAAUGGAGACGAUUGCAUUAUCUCCGUGGACCGCCUACCAGAGCCAGACGCGUUGUCUCUGCUGCACAAAAAGCUCCCUAAAGACAAUUCGUUUAUGGAAGAUGCAAAGGAACUGGUCAGUCUCCUCGAGUACUUCCCUCUCGCCAUAACUCAGGCCGCGGCAUAUAUCAGUAAUGGUUCUGGUCGGAGGACCAUCUCUCUUUAUCUGAAUCUCUUCCGAUCUGAUCAGGUUGGCUAUCUUGAGAUGGCUGCCAAUGAUAUCCGACGGGACUCAGAUGAGCUAGAUCAGGACUUCUCAAAUUCCGUCCUGAAAACAUGA